CAUUAUAAAGCUUAGAUGUGUCAGGAUAUUUAUUAAUAUGGCUUGAGAGUGAGUAAAGCUUGGGGUAUUUUUCAUUUUAAAGUGAACUAAUCCUUAACAGGUGUGCAUAUAUUGGAUAUUUUACAACAAUCACUGCCUUAUUAAAAAAUGUAGAGACUAUAUGAGUUCUCUUUGAUACCUAGUUUUUUUGUGAAUUUUAUAAUUUAAAAAAAGUAGCACAGUUUUGACUCAAGAUAAAUAGUAUGACUUAAGAUGCAUGCAUUUUCAGAAUGUUUCAAAUGUUAUCGUGUGCUCCUUUGAACUGUUGCCCUGGAAACAUUUAAUUGCGCUAGAGAACAAAUGACUGACUCAGCAGGCAAAAGAACAAUGUGUUGAAUUCAUAGCUUAUUGUCCCCCUGCACUUCAACAGACCCCCGCCGAGUUCAAAGGAUGAGGAGUCCUGUGGAGUGGGAUAUCAGAUCAAUGUUCCCAACUUCUCCAUUCAAAAACAUUGAACUGGAUUAAUCUUAAGAAAAUCUGGUCAGAAAUCCGAAACCAAUAACACUGACCUGAAGAAGCUCUACAGUGCUGUGCUUUUCAUCCAGUCAGUAUUUAAAGGCCCCUACGUAAGCUAUGAUUUGACCUCUUCCACUAUUUUAAACAAAGAUCAUAUUCAAAUAAUAAAUCAUAAUUAAUUCAAUAAUUUUUAAUGGUUAAAGUUUUUUCUGGUCUUACACAAUUUCCAAAAGCAGAAUUUGUUACUGUGCACUGUAAAAAAAUAUAUAUUUUCAUGAUUUAUUAUCACAACAGUUUUUUUCUUUUGUCAAAUCAACUUCAAUAAUUAAUGUGGUUCCGAUAACAUAAUAUUUUAAGUUUCUGUUGAUUGAACCAAUUACCCAUUGUAUUAACUAAAAUUUUUUAUUUCAGUGAACUCAAAAUUUUAAUGCAACCAGGUACCUUUAUUUUAAGUUAAAUCAACAAUUGUUUUAUUUGUGAUAACGCAAUGAAACAUCCCAAAUUGUGCAUACAUAAUUUUUGAACAGACUGUGAUACAAUUAAUUUAACACAUGCAAAACAAAAGAGAACCAAUGGAUUAUUAAUAACUGAUUAUGUUGUAGUUGAUGUAUGCUUUUUCCCAUGAGCUUUUUGUUUUUCUAUGCAUUUUUUGCAUAUUAAAAUAAAACCUGUAGUAGUGUACCCCUUUUUUGCUAAAUAAUUUGUCAGAUAAAUCUUACCAAGUUAAUUUUUCUUUUGAUGAUUUAAUCAAACUUGUAAGAUCACUAAAAACAAAUUAUUAUGCCAAUCCCCUCCUGACAUCACUUUUGGCCUGUAUAUAAAUGCCCCCUUUGAAAGUUUACUGAGGCCCCCUAGUGGGCCCCACCCCCUAAUUGAGAAUCACUGCUCUAGUGUAACAUUAAUAACUUUGCCAGUCUCUUAAGAACAUUCAGCCACAUAAACCUUUGCAGAGCCUACAAGGAACUUUUGAGCAACCGUUUUUAAGUUUCAAGUGUGUAUUGACACUUGCAAAUUGGAGACCUUGAGCUAUAGUACUGAAGAAAAAGAUGGACUAAACUGAGAGAUCUUGGAUUGUCAUAAUCUUUUGAUGAGCUUUAAUCACCAUUAAUUAAGCCUAUCAAUCACUAUGAAGAGUGUGAGAUGUAAGUGAUCCUAGUAUCGGUCUAUAUGGUGAAGUGAAGGGGGAGAGGUGCGAGUCCAAAGCUCCUCCCAGCUGAUUGUUGAGAGCAGGAGUGAUUCAGUCCCAUUGUUUGAGAGGAGCGGAUCAAACGCCCCACACAGAGAACCUCCUUUUCUCAUGGAAAUAAAGUGUCUGCCUCUCAUUCAUACAUGAGUUUCUCUAAUGCAAAGAAGUCGAGCACGCAGGGAGACUACACACUAUUGAGUGAAGUUACGAGCACGCGAGACUGAAGUCUUGGAGAGACACUUUGGAGAAGAGGAACCCUGGACGCUCACGCACGCUAAAUGAGGUUAUUUAUUUAGUGAGAUUGAUGAGGUAUUGCUGAUAUUUUACCAUGUUUGCCCUUGGACGGUGCGCGCUUGUUUUUGGACUGCUGUGCGCUGGGCUCUCCGCGGGCGCAUCGGUAUGUCCAGCCGGCUGCGAGUGUUCAGAACCCGCGCUGACGGUCAAAUGCGUUUCUAAAGAUCUGCGGGACAUACCGACCGGCAUCCCGAGCUACACCAGAAACCUAUUCAUCACUGGAAACCACAUCAGUCAGAUCGGACGCGAAUCUUUCCAGGGACUGGAUAACGUGACAAAUUUGUCAUUGUCCAACAACAGGAUCUCUGAGGUGAAGUCUCACACAUUUUCUAACUUGCGGAGCCUCAGAUCGCUGGACCUCAGCAAUAACCAGCUGGCCAUCAUCCAUCCUGAGGCGUUCACUGUCCAGACCCGUAUGUUGAGGGAGCUCAACCUCAGUCGGGCUCUCUACAACCACUCAUCUGUCAUUGAUUUAGCCACCUCUCUUCGCUGGAGUACCUUGAGUGACCUGCUGGGGCUGGACCUGUCCAGUAAUGGCCUUGUCUACCUGCCCCCCGGCAUCUUUUGCCAUCUUGUCGGCCUGCGGCGCCUUCACCUUGCCAACAACUCUAUAGUGUCCAUACAUAACGGCACAUUCACAGGACUGGAUCACCUUCAGGAGCUCGAUCUCACCCAUAAUGCCCUCAGGACUUUGCGUGAAGAGGCUCUGAAAGAGCUGGAGCAGUUGCGUUCGGUAAGGCUCCACUUGGCGGAGAAUCCUUAUACCUGCACAUGUGACAUCGAGCCUUUUGCCACCUGGCUGAACGACUCAAGAGUGCAUGUAGAGGACAUUGAACGCCUGACUUGUGCGUUCCCUGUUUCGUUGCAGAACACAUCGCUAUUGACGGUGGGCGAACUGGAGUUGGGUUGCCAUAAGGCAGGAGAGGGCGACAACCUAGCACUGCAGACCUCCUACGUAUUCCUGGGUCUUGUGCUGGGAUUUGUUGGUCUCAUGUUUCUCUUUGUGCUUUAUCUGAACCGCAAAGGUAUUAAGAAGCGCAUCUACGACAUGCGUGACGCAUGCCGGGAAGUCUGGGAAGGGUACCACUACCGAUACGAGAUCGACUCCGAUCCCAGAUUGUCGCAGUUUUCUACAACAGCCGAUGUGUGAUCAGACAUGAACUCUUCCCAAACUACGCUCCUCAUAUGAACUUGUUUUCUAUUGCAUUUAUACUUGGAAAAUGCCCGUAUGUGAUGCGAACAUGUAGACAUAUUUAAGUAGGCACAUUUCUUGUGGAAAGCAUGUACUGCCUGUCUUGUCGAAGCCUUUAUAACAAGCACACCUCCCCCUCAAGUCUGCACAGAAUUGGCCCCAAGAUGCAUUUGCUUCUCAAUCAUCAUGGGAUGUUUGAGGAUUAGCCCAAUAAAGGGGCAGAAGCCAUAAAGCAACUCUGACCACCACCAACAAACCCCCCCACAAAUCUCCAUUGUCCUGUACUGGAAUAUUGCCCACCUCUUUAGUGCUCAAGUGCCUUGUUUAUUGGAUUUAAGGGGCUGACCAGCUUCAAAAAGGGACAACUCUCAUAUAUAUAUAGAUAUAUAAAUGCAUACUGUGCUGUUUGUGGAGUUUUGAGGACUGUUUUAUUGCAUGCUUGUGCGGCUGUUUUUAUGGAAGCAUAUGCAGUUCUAGUGUCGGACCCUGAGCAACAGAAUUAGCAGCCUUCUAUGGUCCUUUCUGUCCCUCUAUCCACAGGGAGUCUGUGAAGAAUGUGCCGGAUUUUCUCUCCAAAAGCAUUCCAGCAGGAGGAUAACCUCCUCUAAGCUCUAGAAGGAGGAUCUUUUAAAGAAAGAGACCCAGUUUGCUGAAAUCUCCGGCUGCUUUUUUUUCCCGUUCAAAAGAGACGUUUGCUUUGUUUUUAUUCCACUCAUUUUUAUUGUCAGAAUGAUGAGAACCAGCCCUUAUGAGGGCCGCUGAGCGAGACCCCUCCUCCGUGAAGCCUGUUCGCUCUUUGAAGACUCAGUCUGGCUCAGUUCCUCAUAUGUUCCCCAGCUUUUUCUGUUUAAGGGACUGUUACGGUGAUAAGAUACAGAUGAAGCUGGGGCCAUUGUGCUGAAGGGUCUCAUGCUCUAUUUUUUGAGUACUGUUUCCAAAUGUGUAAGACUGAAAAGAAAUAUGCUUGAUGUGUUGUGCCAGUGUGCUGCACUUGUGUUUGGAUAACAUGGUUUUAUGCAGCAUAUGUUUGUCAAAAGACUAUUUAGUCUUUGAGUGAAUCUCACAUAGACCAGCAAUUUCUUGUUUAAAUUAAUUCGUAUUUCACCUUAUGAAAAGAAAAAAAUAAAUAUUUUGCAUAACCGAAAGACAAUUUUUUUUUUUUUUGCAUUGUGACUUAUGACAAUUACGUUUCUCUCUUUCUCUCUACAUAUAUAUAAUAUUGAUAUAUAAUAUUGAUAUAUAUUGUGAAGUAGUAUAAGUAACACCGUGUCCUAACCAGACGCAACGCAACACCGCGACACGCGAUAAAAGUAUCUUUUCCAUGUAAAUAUGGAGUUUUUGUCCUAACCAGCAACACAAAGAAUGGCAAUGAUAAUAUCAGGUACCGUUUAUGUGCUUUAUUUAAUGUUAAAUGCGUCUAAUAUGAGUUUGAAUAUCAUUCUGUGUUCCCAGCUUUUUAGCUGCAAUGAAAACAACACUGGCUAAUUCACCUCAGAUCUUGAAAAUAAAUAAAUGAGCACAAGUCAACUCAAUGCGAACAAACAAGUGUGCUCUAUCAAAAAGAUUGUUUCAGUCACUCCGUUUGUACUUUAAAUAAUGUUUAAAUGAAUAAUGUUUGAAUAAAUAUUUAUGAAUGAACUAUGAACUAUGCACUUACCCAUUUCAUCGUGUCUGCUGUGCUCUUGCCAAGAGAGCCCGCCCAUACUCUCUUCUGAUUGGCUGUGGGUUUUGAUUGAUUUUUAUCGCUUCUCAUUGUCGCGUCGCGUCUAGUGUGGACUGGAAUCUUAUCACAUCGCGUGUAGUUAUGACACGGUGUAAGUCAUGGUAGUAUUUGUUCUGAAUAUAAUUAUCGUUUGUUUUAUUAUUGUGGAGGAUUUUCUUAACCGUCAUAGUGUCACAGUGCGAAAAAAUAUUUGUGAAAAUGAAAUUAAAAUCAGUGAAAAUGAACAUAUAUUGUGAGAUUCACCCAUGUCCGCAAUGUUUUCUAUUGAGAACAUUAUGGUAAAAACAUCAUAUCUUUGCUUCAGAAAUUAUGAUAUGAAAUUUGAAAUUGGGCCGUCUUCCAUUGUACUUUCAUAGCUUUCUACUCAUGUAUUAUUCAUUAUAUUCAAAUUAAUCUUUCCAUAAAGAGAUAAGGAAAACCGUUUAAGUGGGAUGCCAAAAGCAAAAUGUUUACUCAUGAAUUUAUCAGGUAUCAAGUGCAAAACAACUCUUGCGUGGAUGUGUCAUGCAUCGCAUGGACAAAUAAUUGGUCUUUCUUCAGGGCAGAGUUUAUUUUGCAUGCUAAAAAAUAAAGGUUUUUACAUUUUAAAUUUAAA